GCACUGAUGGGAGACAAAGCGGGCUUGUAAAUGCGCCUUGUAGCGAAUGGGCAGGCAAAACAUUGGUAUACGGAUUUGGAUUUGCUACUGCACUGGUGUCACGGGGCGGCGAUGCUUGCUGAGGUUUUUCCAAAAGCUAUCCACAGACCAGCAGCAACAACACAGAGUCUGUAGGAGUAGGAGACGACGACGGGAGAAGCAGUGGGUAUUACAUAGAGAAAUCAGUCACACGAUGCUGGGAGCUUUAUUGUCACGGUCAUAGAAGAGAUGGGCUGCCGUGGGCCAUGUUGCUAGGGCGACCAUGGGCAGCGUGACUCUGCGUUACUUCUGCUAUGGCUGCUUCUUCACCUCGGUGACGUGGUCCAUCCUCCUCUUCCUCUACUUCAGCCUGGGCCAGGACAGCCAGCCGCACCAUGUGCCCGUCCAGGGGCAGGGGCCCCAGGCUCAGAGCCUCCUGCUGCAGCAGCAGCAGCAGCAGAACCACCCGCGCCUCAAGCCCCGCUACACACGCAGCCCCCGGGGCCAGGCAGGAGGAGGAGUGGGGGCCCAGAGGCCGGCAGACCUCUCGCCAGAGAUGGGGAUGAUCUUCAACGAGCAGGACCAGGAAGUGCGGGACAUGGGCUACCACAAGCACGCCUUCAACGUCCUCAUCAGCAACCGCCUGGGCUACCACAGAGACCUGCCCGACACCCGCAACGACAAGUGUAAGUUGCGCUCAUACCCCGUGGCGUUGCCGGCGGCGAGCGUGGUGAUCUGCUUCUUUAACGAGGCCCUGUCGGCCCUGCUCCGCACCGUGCACAGCGUCCUCGACCGCACGCCCGCCUACCUCCUGCACGAGAUCGUACUGGUGGACGACAACAGCGAACUCGCUGACCUGAAGGAGGAGCUAGACUCGUACCUGCAGCAGCAUCUGAAGGGUCAGGUGAAGCUGGUGAGGAACGAGAAGAGAGAAGGACUCAUUAGAGGACGCAUGAUUGGAGCAUCACACGCCACAGGCGAGGUGCUGGUGUUUCUGGACAGCCACUGCGAGGUGAACGAGGCGUGGCUGGAGCCGCUGCUGGCCCCCAUCAAGGAGAGCCGCCACACGGUGGUGUGUCCCGUCAUCGACAUCAUCAGCGCCGACACGCUGCUCUACAGCCCCUCCCCCAUCGUGCGCGGGGGCUUCAACUGGGGCCUGCACUUCAAGUGGGACUCGGUGCCUGCCGCAGAGCUCAGCAGACCGGACGCACCGUUCAGGUCUCCCACCAUGGCAGGGGGUCUGUUUGCCAUGGACCGGCGCUACUUCAACGAGCUGGGCCAGUACGACAGUGGCAUGGACAUCUGGGGAGGAGAGAACCUGGAGAUCUCCUUCAGGAUUUGGAUGUGCGGUGGUCAGCUGUUGAUCAUCCCGUGUUCGCGCGUGGGCCACAUCUUCCGCAAGAGGAGACCCUACGGCUCCCCCGGUGGACAGGACACCAUGGCGCACAACUCCCUACGCCUCGCACACGUCUGGAUGGACGACUACAAGGAGCAGUACUUCGCGCUGCGGCCGGAGCUGCGUAACCGUGACUAUGGUGACAUCGGUGAGCGCGUGGCGCUUCGUAAGCGUCUGCAGUGCCGCAGCUUCAAGUGGUACCUGGACACCAUCUACCCCGAGAUGCAGCUGAGCGCCCACAACAAGCCCCAGCAGCCCGUCUUCCUCAACAAGGGCAUGAAGAGGCCCAAGGUGCUGCAGAAGGGACGGCUGAGGAACCUGUUGGCCAAUAAGUGUCUGGUGGCGCAGGGCAGACCCACGCAGAAGGGAGGAGCCGUGGUCGUCAGACAGUGUGACCCGCUAGACCGGGAACAGGAGUGGUCGUAUGAUGAGGAGCAUGAGUUGAUCCUGGCGGGGCUGCUGUGUCUGGACAUGUCUGAGAUCCGCUCCUCAGACCCCCCGCGACUCAUGAAGUGCCACGGCUCAGGAGGAUCGCAGCAGUGGACACUGGGGAAGAGUAACCGUCUGUACCAGGUGUCUGUGGGCCAGUGUCUGGCCGUGCUGGACCCCCUCAGCAUCAAGGGCUACGUGGGCAUGGCCAUCUGCGACGGAGCCCACGCCCAGCAGUGGCAGCUGGAGGCCUAGAGCAGCAGAGGUGGAGGAUAGCCAGCCAGGGUGCUGCAGCUGGAGGCCUGGGCAUGGACACUGGUGGAUGGAUGGAUGCUGCCAAGAUGGAGGAUAGACGUGUGGAUGACAGUGGUUGGAUGCUGCCAAGAUGGAGGAUAGACGUGUGGAUGACAGUGGUUGGAUGCUGCCACUGGAGGCAUAAGGAUUGAGGCUGGAGGCAGGUGCAUGAUGAUGAUGAUGAUGAUGAUGAGGAGGAGGAUGAUGAUGAGGAUGAUGGUGCUAAAUGGUUGGAUGCUGCCUGCCACUGUACUGUACUCUACUGUUACCUCCAGAGGCCUGCACACAAUUACACUUACACAACGCCCCCUGGUGUUUGAAGAUGGGGAUGCAACGCAACAACCGGCUAUGAAAAGAGAUACAGAGAUCACAGAGGAUGGAGAUGAGUGGAUGCUGGAACACACACACACACACACACACACACACACACACACACACACACACACACACACACACACACACACACACACACACACACACACACACACACACACACGUCAUACUUACAGAGACAUUGGGAGGCAUUCAACAUACAAUGCAUCCUCUUGCCUGCAUGUGAAGUGCAUUUGGUGGUGCACAUUGCAGAAUUUCUGAAGAAAGGGACCUACACUGGGUCCUAGUGUGUGACAGGUUCCGCUUCCUCGAGCUCUUUUACCCUUUGCGGCAGCACACACACUUCUCUCCGGAUCUGUGCCUCUGGCGGUGGAAGACACACAUAAAGCCCAUGUGAUGUUUUGUUUUUAUUUCUACGGGCAAAGGAAUUUGGAGUAGGAAGUAUUUUAAAAGAAGAAUGGUCUAUAUUACAUGUAUAUUUUUAAUUUAUAAUCAUGUUUUUUUUUUGGCCCAACUGAUUUUUUUUAAUACCAAUUUGCACAGCAGAAGACAAUUAAGAUGUACUUUUAUUUCUGCUUCUGAAAUCAAGGAUGAAAUGUAAAAGACAGUUUUGAAUGCCAGUAUUAGAUUUCCCUGAUGUCUAUUUAAAAAUCGCAUUACCAGGCUGCAUUAGCUUUGUGUUUUUUAGCUAUUGCUAUUUUAAUCCCUCCUUUGUUUGUUAGGUCCUGUCAGCCUUUUACGUGUGAAAGUGUGCUUGUGUGAGCUGUGUGCAUGGGUGUGUGUACGGUGCACAUUUUUAGUUUGAAGGAAACACUUGUUUUACAAAAAAAAAGUUGAUCACUGGAUUGUUUUGCUACAUGCUCCAAAAACAGGAAGUGAUUUUUUUAAUCAUGAUGUCAAAGGUAACGAAUCAAGAAACAGUUCAUGUUGUAUGUUUGUUGUCAGUGUGUUUUGUAUGACUCGACUGCCAGCCUUUUUUCCCCCUUUCCUGCAGUUGUCUUACUGUCCUUUUUUUGAAGUAUACAGUUUCAAAAGGUCAUUCAGUUUCAGAGUUGGAGCACGGACACGACAUAAGCAAAUCGUGACACUCAGGAGCUACAAGCGGCUCAAUCCAGGAGAAUUAUGCCCAUGGAACUAGCAAAUGGACGUCUGCCCCUGUGACAUACUACAGUCUUGUAGACACAGGGAGGACGUCUGCCUCUGUGACAUACUUCAGUCCUAUGGUCACAGGGAGGACGCCUGCCUCUGUGACAUACUUCAGUCCUAUGGGCACAGGGAGGACGUCUGCCUCUGUGACAUACUUCAGUCCUAUGGGCACAGGGAGGACGUCUGCCUCUGUGACAUACUUCAGUCCUAUGGUCACAGGGAGGACGUCUGUCUCUGUGACGGUGACAGUGUGAUGGACACAGGGAGGACGUCUGCCUCUGUAACAGUGUGAUGGACACAGGGAGACUACCAAGAGAUUACCUGACAGCAGACAGAAUGACUAUUGGUCUCCAGACGAUUGUGCUGGGACAGACUGAACGUGUGUGUCUGUGUGAGUGUUUGUGUUUGUGUGUGUGUGUGUCCUGUAUAGUCCCAUGUUGUAUGCAUUUCAAUUUUUUUGUAAAUGAUGAUACCAAAUAAACAUGUUUCAGCUGGAGUGUGUGUUCUCUUUGAA